CUCUCGCAUCAGGCCAGUUAGCUCGAGUUACGCGUACAUCGAGCUCGAGCUCGAGCUCGGUUCCGAAACAAGCUCGAGCUCGUGGAACUGUAAUCGGGCACGUCUACGUCGUCUGCCGACUGAUUGCCAAUUCAACGCCCCCACGACCCGGCCUCUCCCCGAAGAAGCUGCGUCGCUCGCCGAACCCUGUCUUAUUCCUAUUCACGCAGUUUCGCUUUUCUCUUUCCUCUUUCCCCUUGUCCGGUUCCACGAUGACAUUGUCUUGGGACACUUGGUGAACGCGAACGCGGUUUCCUUCUCACUUUCGGCGACCUCCAUGCGCGAAACCCUGAAAGCACGAUGGCUUCGCAACUAUGUGUUCCGAGAUCGAACAUCGGUGAAAUCGGAACGCGUCGAGGAUGGCUAAGACAAGAUUCACAGGUAUGCCCGAAAUCGGAAAUAGAUACGGCGCGGCGCCUGCGCUUCUCGUUCACCUACUUUUACCCCCUUUAACGGCGGAAAACGAGACGACCGCGUUCGCACCAACAUUCACCCGACGAAUACAAUGUAGACGUUCGUCUUUGCAUCGUGUCUAAUAUCAACGUCGAUCCACGUUUAUCCAUCCGAAGCUGUACUCGAUGCAUCCACGUGUAUGCUAUCGUGUACAGUGAUCGCGCUAAUAACGCGUCCGUCUUGGAGGGACGAUCGUCCUUGCUCUCGAGCAAAAAGCGCUUCGAACGCCGAGAUAGGAGUUCGUAGGAAUUCGUCCGUCGUCCAACGACGAGAUGAUUAUUUAUUCGUCGGGCGUUGGACAAAAGUCGAUCGGUGCGUGUAUAUUGGCUGCGCGCGAUAGAAACCUAGAACAAAGGAUAACGGAAAAGUCAGAGGCAACGGAGAAACGAAACGGAGGAAAUGUCCGAUCGAACGCGUAAGAGGCGGUGGUACGGUACAUGAGAUGCUAUCGUUGCCUCGUUCGAACUUAACGAAGAUGUUCGUGACGCGCACUUUCGUAGGUGGAACAACUCGCUUGUUCGUCGUGCCGGAUCGAAAUGAAUUUAAAACAGAGGGCAGGCCAAUGGAAAGACGGCCGUUCUACGCAUGCGGCCACCGAUAACCUACUCUUGUCGCAAGGAACACGGAUUAUCUGUCCGUGGUCGCUGAAAAAUGGUCGAUCAGGGCUUCGGUUACGCUUCCGUUUCGUUCCGUUCUCCGGACCGCCUGUGAUAUCACGCAAGUGCGAUCAGCGAGGUGACGUUGCUCAGGUGCAAACCAGUGAGAGGGUAACUACUUUGGCGAGAUGCUAGCGAGAAUCCAUUGCGUUCGUCGAAUCGCACUGGUCGCGCGUUCCCCCGUUAUUAUCGCCGAGGAAAACGAUCGCAUUUAGAAACACGGAAAGACGAAGCGUUAACAAAAGCAAAAUCAAAACCAGAAAACAACGAAUCUCGUGGCAAGUUGAACGCGCAAAGUUUGACCGGACUAAUGAAACGAAUGACAGCGAUCGAAAUCUAGUCUGGCCAAUGUUACGGAUAAAAAAGGCUGAUAUACCUAAACCGAUUCCGUGAAGAGCAUCGAUACACCGCUUGCACGACCGUUUCGCGUCGGUCGUUUCUUCCUAGACACCUCGACAGCGUCCGGAUCUCUCCGGAUAUCUGAGAAGUAAACAAGCCAAUAAUCGGUCGACGGAAUCGAACAGAAAAAUCAAGACAUGUUAAAAGAGAUACGACCGGCAGCGUCCUUCGACGUUCUCUCGCUCUGGUUCGAGUCGAUUCCGGGGUUCAGGAGUAGACCGAAAUCGGAGGGUUCCCCUAGCGACUAUUCAAAGAUAUCUCAUAGGCUUUCGAACAACGCGGCAAAGGGAUUAUGUAGCAGAGUAGCCGGUGAAAGAGGAUGCAUCCGGGAGCGGUGUCGUUGAACCGGAUUCAUUCUGGUUGUUCGGCUCGGUGUUGGUGCCGGCGUCGUCGUCGUCGUCGUCGUCGUCGUUGGCGACAUCGAGGCCGCGAUAACCGGAUCAAGAGAGGACCUGGCACGAAUUGGAAUCUGUCGUAAAAGCCAGAAAAUUCAUUACAAAAUGUUGGCCGAAAUGGUUCGACUGUCCUACCAGCAUCGAGCAUUUUAUUGCUACGUGAUCCUCAGCGUCUGGAUAUUCCUGCUCGUUGCCGGUAUGUACAAAUACAUUGGUAUAGACGAGAAGAGCUCUAUACAAGCGAGAGUCCUGGGGAACGACGUUUCCGUUCGAGAAUAUCCUAGAAAUUUGAAAGCCGACGUAAAAACCAAGAAGAUAUUCCGAUUUUGCAAUCCACCCAAUGAAAUUAUUGCAGAAUCAGAAGGAAAAUUGGAUGGAAAUCUAACGCUGGGCGGUGUUUUGGUAUUUAUACGGCACGGAGACAGGGGCCCGUUGGGUCAUGUUCGAAACAUAAGCGUAGUAAACUGCGGCGGAGACUUUGCUUCUACCCCUGAAUUGGAAAUCGUCUAUCAAAACUAUGUCAAUUUUCUUCAGAACAUCUCCAGUUAUUCCAGAACGGCGUGGGCACAAUUCCUAGGACCCUUCCAUGGUUUUCCUAUGCUGCCGGCCAACUCUAAGGACUGCAGAAUUGGCCAAUUGACCACUCUGGGCGUAUCUCAACUCCUAAAAACAGGAAUCGUUCUUAGAAACGCUUAUUAUCAUAAACUUAAUUUGGGGAACGGUACAGUAUCCGGCAGAGACGUGGUUGUAUACAGCACCAGGUAUCGUAGGACUGUUCAAAGCGCCGUUGCUUUGUUGUACGCGCUCUUAGAGACCGACGGCUUCCAGAAUCUUGCCAAGAUCAGCAUGCAGGAGAGUCAAAGCUACGCAUUUUGCAAUACCGACUGCGCGUGUCCUGCGGCAGAAAGAUUUUUCAAGCAGCAUGUCAAGGAAAUGUCCGACCAUCUAAAGUCCCAUCCGGCGGUUGGGGAACUGAUAAGACAAGCGUCGAACGCGGUCUUCGAAAUCCCGGAUCAGGCACAGACGAUGGAUCCCAACACGUUGAAAGAUGCAUUGUUGACCUAUGUUUGCCAUGGAGCUUCUUUACCUUGCGUGGAUUUGGAGGCGCAACGAAUCUGCGUCAAGACCGAACACGUGACAGGCCUGUUCGCCUAUAGCGAAUGGGAGUCGAAGCAAGUGGCUAAAAGCAGCAAUCGUCGAAAAUACGGGUUGCUAAGGGCAUACGGGCUUCUUCGGAACAUAGUCUCGUACAUGUUACGCAUUAUAUCCGAGGCGAAGCCGAAGAUAGUUUUAUACUCGGGACACGAUAAAACUCUCGAGUACCUGGCAACCGCUCUCGGCAUCUUCUCCGACAAAUUGGCCAUGCCGCAUUACGCGUCCCGUUUCGUCAUCGAGGUUUAUCGCCUCAAUUCGAGAAACGAGAACCAUGUAGCCAGCGACUUUUAUUUCCGUGUGAUAGUCAAUGGAAAAGACUUUACACAAAAGAUACCGUUCUGUAGAAACGCCAAUUUCUAUAGUGCAAGUUACACGGAGCGGUCGGAUACCGACAGAGUUCGUAAAGAUUCGAAAUUGUGCCCGAUCGAAACCAUCAUUCGUCAGCUCCACGACGACUAUUUUGGCCCGUUCAACGCGACUAACUUCAAAGAUGCCUGCAGCAGUCGUAAACGCGGCUAAUUCCAACAGAAAACAAAUGUGAUACCGAUACGAAUGGUACGAAACGAUGCCAGCAUGUAAUACACAUGACGAGACAUACACGAUGUAAUACGAUAUACGAUAGACGAUAGACGAUAGACGAUACGAAAGUCGAUAUCAAAAUGGCGGCUGCACUUCCAUCGAGCAGGACCAUCGAUAGAUCGUUGCAUUUCGUUUGCGCGGGCGAUUCGAUGUUCCAGAAUCCUGACACAAAUUACAAAUGUAAUAAUUAGAUUGCGGAAUUUUAUGCAUUUAUAGCCGCUAUUAAUAUCGUUAAAAGAAGAUAUACGUAUAUACCUUUUUCUUCAACUUUUGUUUUAUAUGUAGAACGAGGAUGAGGAAAAUUUGUACUUUGCAUAAAGAUUCGCAGUCUAGUAAUAACAAAUAUGUACGAAAGCAUUCCAAUUUCCAACGUAUGCACCGAUUCGAAUUGACAAACUGUCCCAUUCUAAUAUUUUCGUACGAUCGUCUCCCAGAAUGUUUUCGCAAAUGAUUUAAUGGUUUUCCGACUGGUCUUCUUCUCAAGUUCUUCCGUAUGUCGAUUUGGAAUCUGGAAUUUGUGCGACCUUGAUCAGGGACAAAUAGCAAAUUUGUACGUUAUAUGAUAUUUUACAAAGAAAGUAUUAGAAAUCUUCGAAAGAUUCCUUCUAACUGGACUGCUGAUAUUUAUGCAGAUGUUUCUCUGGUCUGUGAUCUGCUUUCUGAUUUCGAAAGACUCGAAUUUAAGAGAAAUUUAUCCGGUCAAAAACGAAUAUUCGAUAAGCUUCCAACCAGUAAAAAUGUUCGAAACAAGAAACCGUACUAUGGAAAUGCAUAAAAUCUGCAGUCCAGUAGUAAUUGUAACGAACCACGAAAAUACUAAAACGAUAGGAACGAGUUAAUAUUUAAAGUAAUAAGAUAAGAUUUGCACCGUUUUAGACUGUAAUUAUAAACGAAUAACAAAAGAGAAGCCUUAUAUUCUUAGGUUACGUUUACCAAAAUCGAACGUAGCUUUAAAUACAUGUACGAUAUCGAUGAUAUACAAGGUGUCCAGAAAUAGACGAUACAAUUUGAUAAUGUAUUACGUAACACGGUGCUCGGAAUGCUUCGGAACGCAACAUUAGGCUCCGCCUCGCACACUGCGGCGAUAAUCAGGAGGCGGAGCUUAAUGUUGCGAUCCGAAGCAUAUCAAGCAUCGACGUAACAAACAGAGUUAUAGCAGCGAAACAGUUUUGUUCGGAUUGUAUUGGAUAUUUUACGACGCUCUGUAUGGAAGCUAGAUGAUUGCCAUAUAUAAUAUUUUAUCACUCACCUUGUUGUAAA